AUGGCUUUCCUUGUGGAGCGGUGCGGCGAGAUGGUGGUGUCGAUGGAGAGCUCGCACGCGAAGCCGGUGCCGGCGCCGUUUCUGACCAAGACGUACCAGCUGGUGGACGACCCCUGCACCGACCACAUCGUGUCGUGGGGCGACGACGACACCACCUUCGUCGUGUGGCGCCCGCCCGAGUUCGCCCGCGACCUCCUCCCAAACUACUUCAAGCACAACAACUUCUCCAGCUUCGUCAGGCAGCUCAACACCUAUGGCUUUAGGAAGAUAGUGGCAGAUAGGUGGGAGUUCGCCAACGAGUUUUUCAGGAAGGGCGCCAAGCACCUCCUCGCCGAGAUCCACAGGAGGAAGUCGUCGCAGCCGCUGCCGACGCCGCUGCCACCGCACCAGCCUUACCACCACCAUCAUCACCAUCUCCACCACCACCACCUCAACCCGUUCUCCCCGCCGCCGCCCCCGCCGCCGACGCAGCCGGUGUACCAUCACCACUUCCAAGAAGAGCCCGCCGCCACCGCGCACGGUGUUCACGCCGCCGACGCCGGCGGCAAUAAUGAAGGCAGUGGAGGAGGCGGCGGGGACUUCCUGGCGGUGUUGUCGGAGGACAACCGGCAGCUGCGGCGGCGCAACUCGCUGCUGCUGUCGGAGCUGGCGCACAUGAAGAAGCUCUACAACGACAUCAUCUACUUCCUGCAGAACCACGUGGCCCCGGUGACGAGCCCCUCGUCGGCGGCGCACGCGUCCCUGCCCACCAGCGCCGGUGGCGCCGCGUCCUCCUGCAGGCUGAUGGAGCUGGACCCGGCGGACUCCCCCUCCCCGCCGCGGCGGCCGGAGGACGACGGCACGGUGAAGCUGUUCGGAGUGUCCCUGCAGGGCAAGAAGAAGAAGCGAGCGCACCAGGAGGAUGGAGACGACAACCAUGAGCAGGGAAGCAGCGACGUCUAG